CGAGUAUCAUCCUAAAUGAGUUCUGUACAUGAAGUAAUGACAUGCUUAUGCCUUCCUUGAACACUUGCUUAGAUGCAUGCGCCUUUGAGUUGUCUGUCUCACUGAGGAACAUGCAAAUCCUUGUUGGAUGGAGGAGCUCCUCAUACUCAAUCAGAUGUUGUAUUGCGAAAGCUAUUCCUCCAACGGAGUGUCCCAUAAUCCACAAACUUACAUACCCUCAAUUCUUAUGCUGCUGAUGUUCUAUGGUUUCUCUGUCUUCCAGUACUUUCCUCUUUGCUCCUUGCGAUAGCUGUCCCGGGGUCUGGCCUUCUUCGCGUGCAGGGGGCUUGUUGGAUCUGCAAGAGCUCUCUGCUCCUCUCUCUUCUGCUUGCGCUCCUCAUAGCUUCUCGGUCCACCGUCGUUGGAUUCGUCAACCUCAUUGUGGGAUGACAGGGCAUAGUGGGACGGCAGGGCGGGCUUCGAAUGCCACGGAAUUGGUGGUGGAGUGGCCGGGCGGACGACAGCUGGGACUGGCGGAAACAUGGCUCUUUCAGCACGACGACGUUGGCGAUUGCUGUCAAAGUCCGUCUCCUCUUCGUACAUUGGCAGGGUUGGGCCAAUCGACUGAUAUGCUUCUUGAAUCAUUGGAACAGAGGGUACUUCAGAAUAUCCGUCGCUGUUGAGAACCUUUGUGAGCUAUGUCAAUGACUGGGUAGAGGGGUAUGGGCGGACCUGUGAGAUGCAAGCUCUCUGUUGGCUUCGUACUCAUUUUCGAGUGGUGCUGGAGUCUCAGGGCUGAAGUUUGACACGCUUGAAGAUCCUGACAAGACACUG